UGACGUGUCAUCUGCCGACGUGCACCGGAAGUGACGAUCCCUGUGAAACAGAAGCCAAUUUGACAUUUCUAAGUGCGAUUUCCAACCUUUUUCCCCGCAUAAAUUCCACACAAAGGAGUGACAAGACAACAUUUAACGCCAGGGAUCCACCAUGAGGCGCACAGGUUUGGGUGAUGGAGGACCUGGCAACUAUGCAGCAAGUGGCUACAGUGUGUACGAGGAGGAGAAUGAACACUUACAAGAGGGACUGCGAGCCAAAGUCACCGCUUUGAAAAGCCUGUCUAUCGACAUAGGGACGGAAGUGAAGUACCAAAAUAAAAUGUUGGACGACAUGGACAACGACUUCGACUCAACAGGCGGCCUGCUCAGCAACACCAUCGGCCGGGUCAAGCAGCUGUCCAGAGGCAGUCAGACCAAACUCUUGUGCUACAUGCUGCUCUUCUGCUUUUUUGUCUUCUUUGUCCUCUACUGGUUCCUCAAGUUGAGGUGACGGCAGGAUCUCGCUGGUCUUUGAUUGAACGCCAACCCUGAAUGACUCAAGUUGAUCUUAAUAGAAAGUAAAACCGACACCAGACUUGGAUAUUGUGCCGUGUGGAUUUUAUAACCACAAAUGCACACUGAUGUUGUACAUUGUAGUAGAUAAGUGUGAUGAGAUAACACGUUGACAAAUGAGAUAACGAGAGCCGAGUAAAUGUGUCAUAAUCAUCGUGUUACGCAAGAAUCCCCUCGCAGAUAUCAUUUGGAUUAAUUGCUCUGAUGUGAUGAAUGCCAUCUGUACAAAUACCAGGAUGUGAUGUUGUGACUCCUACAUGUUUUCAGUGUAAAUAAGCCUGGAGUGAUCUGUUCAACCAAUAAAUCUUUAUCCACCUCA